GUAUUAUCCUUUUUAAAGUGGCGCUACGAACAUGUUUGCUUUAUCAAAGCGAGCAUUAAUAGGAGGAAGUGCGUUACAGAGGUUCCGGUGUAGGACUAGUGUGGAGAUAACUGGUACAACAUGGAUAUCAGACCAAAUCACACCGUCUACAUCAACAACCUGAAUGAUAAAGUUAAAAAAGAAGAAUUGAAGAGGUCCCUCUAUGCGCUCUUCACCCAGUUCGGCCAAAUCCUUGAAGUUGUGGCUAUGAAAACCAUGAAGAUGAGGGGUCAAGCAUUUGUCGUAUUUAAAGAGCUUUCGGCAGCCACAAAUGCACUAAGACAGCUACAAGGGUUUCCUUUUUACAACAAACCCAUGCGAAUCCAGUAUGCUAAAACAGACUCCGACAUGGUUGCAAAGUUGAAAGGCACAUAUGGAGACAAAGAAAAGAAAAAAGAGAAGAAGAAGAAAGCUCAGGAACAAGCAGCCAAUGCCAACAAGAAAGCAGUGAAUGCAGUGAACACACAACCACCUCCACCAGCUACAGUUCAGGUUCCUGAUAAUCCACCCAACUACAUUCUGUUUCUGACUAACCUGCCUGAAGAGACCAAUGAGAUGAUGCUGUCCAUGUUGUUUAACCAGUUUCCUGGCUUUAAAGAGGUGCGUUUGGUUCCUGGUAAGCAUGAUAUCGCCUUUGUGGAGUUUGACAGUGAAGCUCAAGCAGGAGUUGCUAAAGAUGCACUACAGGGCUUCAGGAUCACUGCCACGUGUGCCAUGAAGAUCACUUAUGCUAAGAAGUGACCUCACAUUCAAAUUCACAGAGGUCAUUUUUGGACUGAAACGCAGCCCUGCUCAAUAAGUUUUGCCCCCCACCCUUUUAAUGUGCUACUCUUCGUUUAGUUUUUAUGUAAAAAAUUUGUACAGCCUUUUUGUUGGAGAGAAACUGCCACAAAGGAUGGGCUGAUUGUGGGCCUUUUUUUAGUUUUUGGUGGAUUAUUAAAGGACUUUUGUAGCA